UAAUAGAAAACAGUUGACAGCCAGCACUUGACCUGCACGGUCAAAGUCGGGGAGAUGCCGUCUGAUAAACAAGAAGAGUUGAUCGAACAUGAAAAUGAACAAAGUCCAGUGAUUGAACCCGCUGAACCCAAGUGUUCUUUUCAAAAAGCCUUCAGACAGUUCAAAACGGCAAUGAGCCAUGUUACGCUCGAGCCCAUGCUUUUUGUGAAAAUGAUAGCAGAGGGAAACACUAUCGUGAUUGGAGAUACACUAGAGAUUGAUCGUGUUUGUCGAGUAAAUCUCAACUUUAGUCAAGAAGAUUGCAUGGCAAUGGAUGAUGGAAAUCACUCCGACGUUCAAGAAGCUGUCCAAAUCUACCAAAACACUUUCAAUUAUUAUCAAGGAUUGAUGGCGAGCAUUUUACCCGUCUUGGUCAUUCUUUUUGCUGGGUCAAUUAGUGAUCAGUACGGUAGAAAACUGCCAAUGACAGUUGUUCUAGGAGGAUUUGUGUUAUAUUCGAUAAUUUACAUUAUCACUGCCCUCAACCCUUCCUGGCCAGUGGAAGUUCUCUUCGCGGCUACGAUAGCUGUCAAUGCGACAGGCAGCUGGGUCGUAUUCAACAUGGCAGUUUACAGUUAUUUGGCCGAUAUCACAUCGGCGGAAACAAGAACGAAACGUAUGGGAUGGAUGGACGCUGUUUGGUACAUGGGAGGGCCAAUCGGAACCGUGAUGGGAGGCUGGUUGUACAAGUCAUACGGUACGGUCGCAGUUUUCGCAGUCGCCGGAACGCUAUGGUCUUUCUGUAUAAUUUACGUCGUUGUUGUCGUGAAAGAAAGUGUCGUACAACCUUUAGAAACGACCCCGAAAGGGAAACCAUACCGAUAUGUACUCGACCUAGGAAGAGCAGUUUUUAAAGCUUACCCACACCGAGGUCGAGUUCAUUUGUUGUUACUAAUGGCUGUCAAAUUGGGCGUUUUUCUCGUUCAAGGACAUCAAGUUUACCUAUGGGCUCGACGUGUACUUGGAUGGGACGCCACUCAAUAUUCGAUUUGGUCUGGAACUGACGAAGCUAUUCAUCAGGUGGGCAUGGUGAUUUGGGUGGGCCUAGCAUCGUUUUACUGCCUAUCUGAUCACACGGUCGCUACAUUCGGAUUGGUGUCGAUUGCUCUCUGGAACAUUGUUUUAGCCUGCAUUACCGGGCCUUCAAUGUGGUGGUUGGUUAUCAUCGCAACUUUAAUCGGUGCACUGGAAGGAAGCAUCGAGCCCGCCCUGCGUGCUUUAAUUACGAGCAUACCAGACAAACGAGACAUUGGAAAAAUUCUAUCUUUUCUCGGACUGUUAGAGUCCAUGUGGCUGAUUGUCGAUAAAACACUGUACACCUUUCUGUACAACGCUUUCAUCGAAUAUUUCCCUCAGAUCAAUUUUGUGGUCGAGACCUUCAUCGCUGUUAUACUGAUACUAGUGGUCACCCUCUUGAAAAGAGACUGGCUGAAACAACGAAACUUGGAUUUGAACAAAAUUUCAACAGAUUAACUUGGACGCAAAACAUUUUCUCUUUCUUUUUCGACCAAGGAAAUCUUUCUACAGCUGCUACACAUUGUCGUUUGUUUCGCUACAGCAAAAUUGUAAAUUUUCACAAACGACUUUUAUUACCUAAUAAGUGGGAGCCGUUUGCAAACUCAGUCGAUUGUUAAAAAUAAACCUGUUCUAAACUUCA